AUGACCCGAGUCCUCGCGGGGCCGUACUGCACGCAGAUUCUAGGUGACUUAGGUGCGGAGAUCAUCAAGGUUGAGCAUCCCGUUCGGGGUGACGAUACAAGAGCUUGGGGCCCACCAUACGCCAAAUAUGUGGCCGACGACGCCGAAGGCCCAGGCGAAAGCGCUUAUUUCCUAUCUGUCAACCGGAACAAAAAGUCUAUUGGACUUUCUUUUGCUCAUCCGGCCGGCGUAGAUAUUCUCCACAAGCUCGCAAAAGAUUGUGAUGUGCUAGUUGAGAACUACCUACCCGGAGGACUCAAAAAAUACGGCAUGGAUUAUGAGACCCUUUCGAAGGUCAACCCGAGCUUGAUCUACGCAAGUAUUACCGGUUACGGCCAAACAGGGCCAUACAGUAAUCGCGCUGGCUACGAUGUCAUGGUAGAAGCAGAAAUGGGCCUUAUGCAUAUCACCGGAGCCAGAGACGGAGCUCCCGUUAAGGUCGGCGUUGCUGUUACUGACUUGACAACCGGACUGUAUACCUCAAACUCAAUUAUGGCAGCGCUGCUAGGCCGUGCCAGAACAGGCAAAGGGCAGCAGAUAGACGUUUCACUCAGUGACUGUCAAGUUGCAACGCUGAGCAACAUUGCGAGCUCUGCCCUGAUCAGCGGAAAGAAAGACUCGGGAAGAUGGGGAACAGCGCACCCAUCAAUUGUGCCCUACCGGGCCUUCGCAACAGCUGAUGGAGACAUUCUCCUGGGAGGAGGCAAUGAUCGCCUGUAUGGAGUUUUGUGUGAGCGUAUAGGAAAGGCACAAUGGAUCCAAGAUGAGCGGUUCAUUACGAACGCAGCGCGCGUCAAGAACAGAGACCUGCUAGAGGAGUUGAUUGAGAACGAGACUAAGAAGAAGACGACGCAGCAAUGGUUAGAGAUUUUUGAAGGAAGUGGGAUGCCGUACGCCGCCAUCAACGACAUCCAGGGCACGCUCAACCACGAGCACGUGCUCGCGCGCAACAUGGUUGCCGAAGUCGAGCAUCCCAAAUGUGGGCCGAUCAAGCUGGUCAAUACGCCGGUCAAGUACUCAUUCUCAACGCCCAACAUUCGAUCGCCGCCGCCGACGCUGGGACAGCAUACGGACGAGAUACUGCGGGAGGUAGUGGGAAUGGACGAGGAGGACAUAGCGAGCCUGCGGAGCGAAGGAGUGGUAGCUUAG